AAAAAGGCCAAGCUAACAGUUUUUGGUCAUCCCCGAAGCGGGGAGCUUCCAAAGUAAAAAGAGUCUUAGGGCAGCAAAAGCAAAACAAUGGCGGAGGCUGAGAAAGGAAGCGAUAUCGGAGACGCCUUAAAGCCCUUCUUCCUGAGAGCAUCUGAAGCCGAGGAACGGUUGUCAAGACUUGAAGCUGCCAUUGCAAAUGCUGGAAAUGAGGAACUUUUGAAAAUAAUAAGUGAACUUCAGUCUAAGCUAGAAAGUGCAAACGCUGAGCUAGUUUCAGAACGGGAAAAGGCCCGGAAUCUUGCUGCGGAAAAUGCUAAACUCCAAUAUCGGAUUAAGCAUCUGGUUUUGGCGGUCAAGGAGGCUGAUCAUAAGGUCGAGCAAGCCAAGUGAUGCCUGGAAUGAUGAAGAAAACUACUUGGGGGUUUGUGGCCGGAAGCCCUUUACAAAUUAUUGGAUUUGAGAUGAGAUGACAACUUGUGACACUAAGCUAAAGGAAAUUACCAUAACUCUUUUGAAGAAAAUUUCACUUGUGAGAGACAACAAACAUGUAGGGUUUUAAGAUGGUAAUUUAUGCCAGGAAUAAUUAUUUACCAAAUCGAUCGGCAAAAAAAAAAA